AUGGCAGACAAUAUCAAACCAUACAAAAUCAAUGUUCCAGAAUCGGAAAUUCAGCUUUUGAAAAACAAACUCGAAAGUGCGAGGUUCCCCGCAGAAGACGAAGUCUCUGAUGACUGGACCUACGGCGCAGGUCUUAGCGACGUGAAGCGUCUUGCUGCGUACUGGAAAGAUGGAUUCGACUGGCGGGCCCAAGAAGCCAAGUUGAACCAAUAUCCUCAGUUCACAACCAACGUUGCUGUGGAUGGAUUUGGGGAUCUUGAGAUUCACUUCUUGCAUCAGAGGAGUAGCAAAGCUGAUAGUAUUCCUCUGCUCUUUUUCCAUGGUUGGCCUGGGAGCUUUGCAGAGGUUUUCAAGUUGCUUCCUCUGUUGACUGAACCCAAAGAUGGACCUUCGUUCCAUGUUAUUGCACCAUCCCUGCCAAAUCAUUGCUUCUCUGAUGGUGUAUCGAAGCGUGGCUUUGGCAUCCCGCGAUAUGGCGAGACCAUGCACAAGCUCAUGUUGAAAUUGGGGUAUGAUAAAUAUGUCACACAAGGAGGCGAUUGGGGUUAUAUAAUCACGCGAAUGAUCGGAGCUCAGUAUCCCGAACACUGUCUAGCCUCUCACAUGAACAUGAUCCCAGCGGUCAGCCCUCCCAACCCCUUGAAAACGCCCUGGCAAUUCCUCCGCUUCUGGCUCUUCCCCUUCACAGCACAAGAGAAAAAGGGUAUUGAGCAAAUGAAGAACUUCUUUAACGAAGGCCUUGCCUAUAAUUUGAUCAUGAGCACCAAGCCAUCCACUAUCGGUUUUGGCCUGGCCGACUCUCCAGUGGCCCUGCUAGCCUGGAUUUACGAGAAGCUGCAUGACUGGACUGAUGACUACAAAUGGACCGACGAUGAAAUUCUCACGUGGGUUUCGCUGUACCAGUUCUCCAAAGCGGGUCCAGCAGCUAGUGCGAGGAUCUACUACGAGAGCCGGCAUGCGGACCAGGAGUUGACGAAGAAGGUCAAUGACUGGAUUCCUGGUGUUCAGCUGGGUCUUUCAUACUUUCCCAAGGAUAUUGUGUUUGUUCCCAAGACUUGGGGAAGGACACUGGGUCCUGUUGUAUUUGAAAAGAUUCACACUAGUGGUGGACAUUUUGCGUCCAUUGAGAGGCCCGAAGAACUUGUUGAGGACGUGAGAGAGACGUUUGGGAGGUCUGUUAGCCCGCAGGUAUUGGAGAAGCUGAAGGAAAGUGGCGCUGUUCAUAGAGGACCGGCAGCAGAGGACAAAAGCUAA